CAGAAAUGCAAAAGAAAACACUCCGGUACCUUGCUACAGUGUAGCAGAUGUGGUGGUACGUAAAUGAUUUCAAGAUGGAGCUCAAGUCAAAUUUUUCAAGUACAGAAGAGAAAAACGCCCCUCCUAGAAGAAAUAAAAAGAGUAGGGUCUUCAGACUUCUUGUGUACCAACGUCUUGGCGUGCUAACAUUACCGGAGAAGACAGAAGUCAAAGAGCUGUUAGAGGAGGGAAGAAAUGAAAACUUGGAGAAAGCUUCAAAUCAACAGAGCACAUCCCAAGAAGAAGUCGAGUCAUCUAAAACAACCAAGAGUGACAACCAUGAAGUGAGCAAGAAUAGGGAAUGGGAGGUUUCCGUAGACGCACUAUCUUGGGGUGACUGCAUGAUUGACAGCAAAGUUGGACGACAGAAGGACGCACAGAUGCACAACGUACACGGUGCUUGGAAUGACGGGGACAAGGGCGAAAUUCUAUCUUUCUCACAAAUGAACAAAAAAGACGAGGAAGAACUGCUAGCAUGUCAGAAUCACAGAAAUAAUGCCUGGAACCGUCUCCUCAUGCGCGAACAUGAGAGCACUUCUAGUGAUGACGAAUCUCAAUAUGAUGGACCCGUCCACUGAUAUUCAUAACAAGUACUAGUGGACAAUAUAUGUCGAAUACUUACCAACUUUUCAGGACGACUCAGAAGAUGACUAGACUUUCAAAAUACAUUUGUUACUCAUUUGUCCUUUCGUGAAUCAAUGAUUGUUCAAUUGAUUUUUUUCAAGCAAGCACAAAACGGAAAUACAAUGUACACUCGGCAUCACUCAUAACGUUAACUC